AUGGAAUCUGAGGAAGACGAUGACUGUGUGAAUUAUAGUGGGAAUUUUGUCACCGAUACGUUUUUUCCUACAUUUGACGAUGUAGUUACAUGGGCUGAUGGUGUUUCCAUAAAAUUGAGAUUUAUAUUGGUGAAAUCGUCUUAUAACAAAACCAGAGAUGGUCGGUCGUAUCGGUAUUUGCAAUGUGAUCGGUCACGAAGGAGCAACCCGAGAGAUUUGGAGAACGCGAUACGGAAGGACGCCAAAACCAAAGCUAAUGGUUGUCCAUUCUACAUCAAGAUAUAUUAUGAUGUCAGCACCGAAAGUUGGAAGAUCAUUGCGAAAAAUGAUCACACCGGGACACAUAACCACCUAAUGAUUGUGUACCCAGAGGGUCACCGUAAAGUGAGCGGAUUGAGUCCGGGUGCAAAACAGGUUGUGCGGGACAUGACAAAGUCCAAGGUUGCUCCCCGUAACAUCAUGUCCACUAUUGCCGAGCAAUUUCCUGAUGAUCAUCCAAACAUCCGACACAUUUACAAUUGCCGAAAUGACUUCGGGAUGGAGAUGUCCGAAGGAAGAGGAGUUGUUCAGCAAUUUCUUCAUCUGGCGAGAGAGAGUAAAUACAUUUACUGGGUCACGAACGAUGAUCACAACGUUUUUCAACAUGCAUUUAUGGUGCACCCGAUCAUGGUCAACAUACUCCGCACAUACCCACAUGUCAUAGGUAUGGAUUCUACUUACAAGACCAAUCGAUAUAACAUGCCUUUCUUUGAGAUAGUAGGCGUGACACCGACAAACCAGAAUUUUCUAGUUGGAUAUGUUUUCAUGCGCGACGAGUGCACAGCUAGCUAUCGGUGGGUGUUGCAGAGAUUAAGGGAGUUGAUUGGGUUUGAUAAAGAGCCAUCUAGAUGUGGAGGCUAA